AACACGACCAAAUCAUUUCUCUCGCCUCCUCCGUAAGAAAAUUCCCAGAAAGAAAGAAGAAACUUUUUUCCAACAGAGCUUGAAAAUCCGUCUUUACAUGGCGUAUAAUCUCUAAAAGUCGUGUGUCUGUAGACAGAGAGAGAGAGAGAGAACCUUAAGGGUUAAAAAAAAGCAUGUCUAUUAGAUCUCUGGUGAAACGCUUUGUCCCGUAUAUGUCUGCUCGUAUCAGAGAGAAUCAUCGGAUGCUUUCUUCCGUGUCUGCUCUCAAAGAAGCUUCUUCUUCUUCUUCGUCCUCCUCCCAAUCUGAAUCUUCUUCUCUCGAAGCUGUCCACCUUAGCGAGAAUUGUAUCCGGAGGAUGAAAGAGUUACAAUCUAGUGAGCCGGAAAAGAAGCUGCUUCGUUUGGGUGUAGAAACUGGAGGAUGUUCUGGAUUCCAGUAUGUCUUUGAGCUUGAUCAUACUACCAAUCCUGAUGACAGGGUUUUCGAGAAGAACGGUGUGAAAUUGGUUGUAGAUAAUGUCUCUUAUGACUUUGUCAAAGGCGCUACCAUUGAUUACGUCGAAGAACUUAUCCGCUCUGCUUUCGUGGUUGCUGAAAAUCCGGCAGCAUUGAGUGGAUGCAGUUGUAAAAGCUCCUUCAUGGUGAAACUUUGAGUCAUUCUUUCUUUUACAUGAGUAGAAACCAUAUUUUGAUCUUUUGUUAUUUACUUGUACAAUGUCUCACAAGCUUUGCUAUGUAACUAGGGAAAGAUACAAGCUCUCUAGGCUUCUAACUCAACACAAUCAUUUGUUCAUGUUCAUCCUAUUUUUAAACAAUAAUGAAAUGGUUUACACAGAAGAAAAGUUGUAUCUAUCAUCUCUUC